AUGAUCGACAAAAGAACACCUGAAGAUGAAAAUAAUAUCGCAAUAGACAACAACUAUACCUUCGAACGUGUGGAUGCCUUCACAUAUAUAUCUCAUAGUCCAUGUGCCACCGAGAGGUAUGUAAAAUUAAAGUCAGAGUUAAUUAAGAGACUUAGUGCAUCACAGCAACAAAAAAUUAAAAGACUGCUUGAGCAUGAGGAACUGGCCGAUCGAAGACCUUCCCAGUUCUUACGACAUUUACAGUCUUUAGCAGGCACAACGGUACCAGACAAUAUUGUAAGGUCUCUGUGGUUAGGUAGACUGCCAUCGUUUACACAGGCUAUUCUAGCUACUCAAGCUAAAGCUAGUUUGGACGCAGUUGCCGAGCUAGCUGACACAAUAUCUGAAGCUAUAGCUCCUAGGGCUCAAAUUUCAGAAGCUUCUAACACUCUUGAAAGCACCAUUGAUAAAUUGACAGCUGAUUUAGCUGACAUGAAAAUCCAGCUAGCUAGCUUGUCGCAGGCUCAAGCACAAACAAACACAUACCAUCGCAACCGCACCAACUCAAGACGCAGACCAUAUCCUAGAGACAGCAGCUACAGUAGGGAACAUAAUAGUGACAUAUUAUGUUGGUAUCACUACCGUUUUGGUGACCAGGCUCAAAAGUGCUCUCCUCCGUGCAAGUAUCAGGGAAACAUCGCGGGCAGUCGGUGA